AUGGGUAACUUGUCGUACUUUUUGGGUUUCGAGGUUGCUUGUAACUCUGCAGGUAUCCACCUUUCCCAGCGCAAAUAUGUCUUGGAUCUCCUACAUGAAACCAAGAUGCUUGUUGUUGCUUUUGUUAGUACUCCCAUGAAUUUUCUCACUAAAGUUUCCUUUAAAGGUGACCAGCAUGUUGACCCCACUGUUUUUCAUCGUCUGAUCAGGCGUCUCGUAUAUCUUACUAACACCCACCCGGAUAUAACCUACGUUGUUCAUCGCCUCAGUCAGUACGUUGCCUCCCCUACUCAAACUCAUCAUCAAGUUGCUUUUCACAUCCUCCACUACAUCAAAAACACCUAUGGUCAAGACAUUUUUCUCAAAGCCACAAGCAAUAUCACCUUGAAGGCUUACAGGGAUUUUGAUUGGGUCGGGUGCCCUGAUUUUAGAAAAUCUACCAUCGGCUACAUUGUUUAUCUUGAAGAUUCACCAAUUUCAUGGAAGUCCAAGAAGCAACCCACUAUUUCUCGUAGCUCCUUUGAAGUCGAAUACAGCGUCCUUGCUCAAACUGUUUGUGAGAUCCAAUGCUUACUGAACUCCUUAGCAAACUUCGUCUUCCUUUUUCCAACCCUGCUACCAUCUUUUGCGACAAUCACUCUGCCAUUAAAAUAG